UAUCCGGGAAACGUAAGCCUUCAACACCUUACCCGGCACCCUCACUGCAUACGGUACACAUUUCUCUUCGCAUAAGUUAUCUCUAAACGUGAGGUAGCUUUGCACUUGUUAUGGCUGAACAGACGGUCGUGGAGAAAAUGAGCGAACUGAAAGUGGACGAGGGUAAAAAGGGUGGAACUGAAAGCAGUAAAGAUGGAGGAAAGAAGAAAGCUAAGGCCGCUGGAGUCUCUCCAGGGAGGGUGGAGCUGUCACCACCACCUCAGUACAUCGAAGAGCGCCUUACUUUGUACACAAAGCUGAAAGCCGAGCAUGACACUCUGAUGGCAGAGAGGGCUGCAAACAAUAGCCGAGCCAUCAAGGUGACCCUGCCCGAUGGAAAGGUGGUGGAGGCUGAGUCUUGGAAGACCACACCAUACCAGGUGGCCUGUGGAAUCAGUCAAGGCCUUGCUGACAACACAGUGAUUGCCAAAGUGAACAAUAUUGUGUGGGACCUAGACAGACCUCUGGAGGAUGACUGCAGCCUUCAGUUGCUCAAGUUUGAUGAUGAGGAAGCUCAAGCUGUUUACUGGCACUCUAGUGCUCAUAUCAUGGGUGAAGCAAUGGAGAGGGUGUAUGGAGGCUGCCUCUGCUACGGUCCCCCCAUUGAGAGCGGCUUCUACUACGACAUGUUCCUGGAGAACAAUGAGGGUGUAUCGAGCAAUGACUUCCCAUGUCUGGAAAACUUGUGCAAGAAAAUAAUCAAGGAGAAGCAGCCAUUUGAGAGGCUAGAGAUAAAGAAGGAGACUUUGCUGGAAAUGUUCAAGUACAACAAGUUUAAGUGCCGCAUUCUGAAUGAGAAAGUCACCACUCCCACUACCACAGUAUACAGGUGUGGUCCUUUAAUUGACUUGUGCCGGGGGCCUCAUGUGAGACACACCGGGAAAAUCAAGGCACUUAAGAUCCACAAGAAUUCGUCUACGUACUGGGAGGGAAAGGCGGACAUGGAAACCCUCCAGAGGAUCUACGGGAUCUCCUUCCCUGACCCCAAAAUGCUCAAAGAGUGGGAGAAGUUUCAGGAGGAUGCCAAGAACAGAGAUCACCGCAAACUGGGCCGGGAGCAGGACCUGUUCUUCUUCCAUGACCUGAGUCCAGGGAGCUGCUUCUUCCUGCCAAAGGGAGCCUUCAUCUACAACUCCCUGAUUGAGUUCAUCAGAAGUGAGUACAGGAAGAGGGGUUUCCAGGAAGUGGUGACACCCAACAUCUUCAACAGCAAACUGUGGCAGACGUCUGGCCACUGGCAGCACUACAGUGAGAAUAUGUUUUCCUUCGAGGUCGAGAAGGAGACCUUCGCUCUCAAACCCAUGAACUGCCCUGGACACUGUCUGAUGUUUGAUCACCGGCCACGCUCCUGGAGAGAGUUGCCCCUUCGCAUGGCCGACUUUGGCGUCCUACACAGGAAUGAGCUGUCGGGAGCCCUCACUGGCCUCACACGUGUCCGCCGCUUCCAGCAGGACGAUGCUCACAUCUUCUGCUCCAUGGACCAGAUUGAGGAGGAGAUCAAGGGCUGCCUGGACUUCCUGCGGACUGUGUAUGACGUAUUUGGCUUCACUUUCAAACUCAACCUCUCCACACGACCAGAGAAGUUCCUUGGGGACCCAGACGUGUGGGACCAAGCAGAGAAGCAACUGGAGAACAGCUUGAAUGACUUUGGGGAGAAAUGGGUUCUUAACCCAGGGGACGGAGCUUUCUACGGACCAAAGAUCGACAUUCAGAUCAAGGAUGCCAUUGGUCGGUACCACCAGUGUGCCACAAUUCAGCUUGAUUUCCAGCUCCCGAUCCGCUUUAAUCUCAGCUUCGUCAGUCAUGAUGGUGAUGACAAGAAGAGACCAGUGAUCAUCCACAGAGCCAUCCUGGGAUCAGUAGAGAGGAUGAUCGCUAUUCUGACAGAAAACUACGGAGGCAAAUGGCCUCUGUGGCUCUCUCCUCGUCAAGUGAUGGUUGUACCUGUGGGACCAACUUGUGAGGAGUACGCUCAGAAGGUCAAACAGGAAUUCCACAGCAGCGGCUUCAUGACUGAUGUGGAUCUCGACCCAGGCUGCACUCUGAACAAGAAGAUCAGAAAUGCACAGUUGGCACAGUAUAACUUCAUCCUGGUGGUGGGAGAAAAGGAGAAGACGAGUAACACUGUGAAUGUGCGCACUCGGGAUAACAAAGUCCACGGCGAGCGCACUGUGGAGGAGUGCAUCGAGCGCCUGAAACAGCUCAAGUCUUCCAGGAGUCGCAAUGCUGAAGAGGAAUUCUGAGCUCUCUUAAACUAGCUGCUAUCAGCCUGACCUUCUCUCUGCAAGUGCUCAAAUCCGGAAGGAAGUUUUUGAUGAGGGAUAAUACUUACUUUACAAAAUUGUCUAGUCUUUGUCCCCAAGAAAUCACAUUUUUCUGAUUUGACAGUGUCUUCUGUUGCAUUUUUACUGUAUCACUCUGUUUUCAGUGAUUAAGUCUCAUGGUUGCUGUACUCUAUAGACUGAAGUAUAAUUGUCAAUAUCCUCUCUGCUUAUUGUUUCCUGAACAAAAGUAAGCUGAAAAUCUCUGGAUUUUGGGCUGUUGGUCACACAAAACAAGACAUUUGAAGAUAUUACCAUGGUCUGUUUGAAACAAUUUGCACUAUUUAAGUCAAAACACAACUGAUAAUGAAAAUCAUUAGUUGCAGCCAUAGUUAUGUUGAACAUAUUGUUACUUACACAAUAAACAACUGACCCAUCUCUCACAGUUGGACUGGCUAAAAACAAUGUAUUUGGUCUAUGCAAAUAACAAUGAUAUGUGCUUUUAUUUGCAAUGAGAGUGGGGAAAUGAGAUCUGAUCACUUGAGCAGUCAUUUGAGACGUAUGUGGCGAUCACCCCAGACACAUGUUAAUGCCAGGUCUAAACAGGGUCUGUGUUUUCAGUUAUCAAGUCUCAUGGUCACUUUACUCCAGAGAAUUAAGUAUAAUUGUCAAUAUCUCCAGUGGGAUUUGGUCUGAAGAGCUUUACAGAACACAUCUGUGCCAUUAAAUCUAUUGUACCAUAAAACUUGUCUUGAAAAACCUUAUGUAAUGAACUGAGGGGAAAUGGUUUGUACCACUGUCUUAACCGGUUUGUAUAAGUCACUCAUUAUUUCUUCAGGGAACUGUACAUGAAUUUUGAAAAUAAACGAUCUAUUCUUGA